AUGGCUCCACGCAAUCCAUUUGCCCGCUCCAAUGGUGCUCCAAGCGAAGAGAGGGAAGUAAUUGUUCGAACUGUCCCAUCGAUGAGAAGUUCAGGCUCGAGGCCACGACUAGUCUUGAAGGCCAACAAGAAAGCGUGGAAUGAAGCGAGGAAAGCUGAAGCAUGGGAGAAGUUGCGGAAGACCGUGAAAGCCCGAAGAAAGGAAGAGAAGGCCAGAAGGAAGGAAGAAAAAAUGGACAAGAAGUUGAUCGCUCUCUAUGCUGGAAUGAAGGAUGCCAAGAAACCUCAGUAA